AUGGAUGGUGAAAUUAAUAUGACAUAUGUAACUCUUGGAGGGUACGUGGAAGUCCACAAGUUCAGAUAUCUAUAUUUUUUAAUAUUCUUUACUGUAUAUAUUUUGAUAAUCUGUUUCAAUUCCACUAUUGUGUGCCUUAUUUGGAUACACAAAGACAACCAUGAGCCCAUGUACAUUUUGAUUGCUGCUUUACUUCUGAACUCUGUUUUUUUUAGUACUGCUAUCCAUCCAAAGUUAUUAACAGACAUGUUGUUGGAAAAACAAAUCAUAUCAUAUUCUGCCUGUCUCUUCCAAUUUUUUCUAUACUACUCGUUAAGCGUUUCAGAAUUCUUACUUUUGUCAGCCAUGGCUUAUGACAGAUAUGUGUCUAUAUGUAAACCUCUGCAAUAUCCAACCAUUAUGACAAAAACUACUGUGACUAUUUCCCUUGGUUUAGCGUGGUUUGUGCCUGCUUGUCAGACUGCAGUUCCAGUAAUACUAAGUGCUGAUAUGGGACUAUGUAAAUUGACUUUAAAUGGAAUUGUUUGCAAUAAUCUAAUUUACACGCUCCAAUGUGCUAAUUCAAGAGUGCAGUCUAUUUAUGGUAUUAUUGCUCUGAUAACAUUUGCACUUUUCCCUCUGCUGUUUAUACUUUUUACAUACACCAGAAUCCUCAUAAUAUCCUAUAAAAGUUGUAAAGAUGUUAGGAAUAAAGCCACUCAGACAUGUUUACCACACCUGUUGGUUUUAAUUAGCUUCUCCUGUUUUUGUGCAUAUGACAUCAUUAUAGUUCGAAUUAGAUCAGAUUUUCCAGAUUUUCCAAUAAUAACUUUACUAGCUGUUUUGUAUCAUCCCCUAUUCAAUCCACUUAUAUAUGGACUUAAAAUGAAAGAAAUCACUAAGCACCUGCAGAGGUUUUUCUGUCAAGCCCAAGGUUUUUUUUAA